UUUCUGAAAGCAAAAGCAAGUUUAGUAGUAUGUAGGUAAUGAGAAAAAUAAACUAUUCUGAAAUAUAUUAAAUUAUUUUAACUAUUCUAUGAAAUUACAUAGAUACUCAGGAUCGCUUGGAUACAGUACAUUUGGAAGGAAAGAUGUCUGCGAACUGGAUAAGAAUCACUCCGGGGUUAAGUAAAGGAAUUCAUGUCAUCAAUCUACUCGAGUUGUCACGUUUUGAGCAAUUUUUAAAUCGCAUCCUAGUUAAACUAAAAAUGAAUAAUAAUGAAGUAUUUUCACAAGAAGAACAAGAAAAGCUCACAAAAUUGUUUAAAGUCGACGAAGAAAGCUUAGUAAUGAGUAUUAAAACAUUGAAAUAUUUAUUAAAAAAAAUGUUGAAAUUCAUUUUUGUACCACUAACAUUAAGAACUGAUUUAAAAAGUCUUGGAUUGUGUGAUGAAAAGGCCGAUGUUAUUGUUAAAGUAUGGUCUUCCGAAACGAGGCCAAUACUUGAUCAAUUCAGUAAAGAAACUUCUGGUAUGUCACAGGAUGACUUAAAUUUCACAUGGAAAUUAAAUGCAGAGCUGAGUUCUGAUUAUUGCAAAAAAACAAAAAUCCCUAAAGCAUAUUUGUCACUAACCAAUCAUAAAGGCCAUACUGAAAUAGAAUUGACACAUUCUGAGUUAUAUUCCAUGUUUAUUAAUUUUGAACAGAUACAAAAUGAAUUGGAUAAUUUAUAAAAAAAUCUUAAUCUAGAUUGAUUGGUCAAAAUUAUAGAUGUAAAAAUGUAUAUUUUUGUAAUUGAAAAAGUAGCAUCUAUUUUAAUGUUCUAAUAAAAUGUCUUAUGAGUUAAGAUUAUUAUUCACCUAUAUCUAUAUCAUUAUCACCAUAAAUAUUGUCAAUUUAUUUUGAUUGUGGAUAAGGAACAAAUCAACAAAACUAUUUAACAAACAUUUUGGUCCUAGACAGAACAAUAUUUUUCAUGCACAAUUUCAAAUACUAGGAUUGUGAAUAUUUUAUUAAAAUAUAUACAUUUAAACAAUAGAUUCAUUAAAAAAUUCAAUAAAACUAUCUUAUUC